CUCCAACGUUAAGAUCGUGCAGUUGAUAAAGUUGUGGUACGUCCCAGACACGUCAAACGAAGCCAGGAUUUCGCGCAGACAAGAAGACUACUCCAAGUGAGAAGCAUGGUCAUGAAAUUAUUCAUACUCGGGUGUCUAGUGGUGUGGGCGGGCGCAUCCAGCCUCAGGAAGCAUACACAUCACUCUCGCCUUGAUGGAAAGCUCCACUUCUCGGACGUCAUUCUUGCGGACUCAACUUCCGGAAGCUUGGUUAGAACAAGUAACUACAAAUUUCAUGUCAGGAAUGUUAUCACUUCCCCUUCCGCUCUGUGGACCAAUGGGAAAAUACCAUUCGAGUUCGAUCCAGCUCUUCCCGCCUUUGCCAUAGUCGAAAUGCUCGCCGCCAUGCAGGAGAUCGAAAUGAGUGUCUACAGCGGCGGCAAACCAUGCAUUAUGUUUGUUCCCAAAACCAACGAACAUGAUUACGUGCACAUAUCAUUUACAGACGGCCCACGUGGUUCCGCUAAUAUUGGUCGAGCUGGCGGGCGACAAGAUACCGUCAUCAAUCAGAUAAGCUCUCGCGGACAUGACGACAACUUGAAGAUUCUUUUGAUGGUUAUAGGUCUCAUACCCGAGGUGAUGCGGUCGGACAGAAACACAUACAUAAACAUCGAUCUUGGAAAUGCGGUCUCCACUGAUCCUUUCCGCAUUUUGACUGGACAAGGUACCAGCACCUUUGGUCAAAGCUUCGACUUCGAGUCUUUACUGCUUGAAGGACCAUACACGUACGCCAGGAAUUCUGCAUUUCCAGUCACAUCAGCGAAGGUCGCCGGUAAGGUGAUGGGUCAAAGCGUCUCAUUGAGUCCCGGGGAUGCUAAUUUGGUACAGCAUGCCUACAAUUGCCCUGUGGACGCGACAAACGUCGUCGAUCUUCUAGGCCAGCUUCCUGUCAAGUGUAAUUUUCAUACAGAUAUUUGCAACUUUGUUCAAGACACGACAGACAACUUUGACUGGAUUGUUCAGACGGGACCAACGACAACUGCCGGUACUGGUCCAGCGGCCGACUUCAGUAGCGGAUCCGGGAAGUUCGUCCUUGCAGAGGCAAGGAACCACCACAACCAAGUUGCCCGCCUUCUGACACCUACUCUCGGCGCAGGACAGUACUGUCUCCGUGCACAGAUGCAUGCGUUUGGGCCCGAUGUCGGCAGUAUUCGUAUGUCGGUUAAGGCUAGCGGGGGUGUCGAUGUAACAAUCAAUAACCAGCAAGGCCCAUUGCCUAGUAACGACUGGUUCCACAUUUAUCUUACUCUUGACAGCAAGGUCGACUUCCAAGUCCAGUUCGAGGUUACUAUGGGCAACGGUGACCAAGGCGACAUUGCUCUCGAUGACAUCUAUAUGUACUAUGGCCAGUGUAUCCAAUGGGACUAAUUGUUGGUAUACUGUACAAUUUUACAAAUAAAGUUGUCAUCGCCUUCGA